AUGGCAAAUAGAAAUAAUAAAGUAAAAACCAAAGAAUCCAGCAAUCAAUAUCAUGGAUUAACAAAAUUCAGACAAUCAGAUCAAAGACAGAGUAAGGGGUACAGGGUUGCUAGACUGAGCAGCAGCAGUGGUGGUCGGCCACUAGAAGUGGUGCCGGCAGCAUUUGACACGCUGGAAAGAGAAAAACAGGGGGAUUGGGGAGCAGGAGCAAGCCUCAGCCUUCGCCAUCCUCUGCUUCGGCCUUUGAGUCAUCAUCGUCGUCAUAAUUGUGAGUCAGCAUCUGCCUCUGCUCUGGCUCUGCGUAUUCUGGUUCUUCUUUGCCAUCGUGGUGCUCAGACUCUUAGAAAGGAACUUGUAGAGUUCUUGUUAGAAGACUCUAAUGCUUCAAAAUCACAGGCAAAAUCAAACUUAGUUGCAAAACAACCCUGUCUGAAUGUAUAUCUUCUCUUAGAGUUGGACACUGAAGCUACAUUAGAUGUUCUUAGAUGUGCGUUUGAUGAAGAUGAAAUUUCAAUUACUGGUUCAUCUUCACUAAACUCGAUUGAUCAAUCCAUUGAAGAAGCAAAAGAAGAAAAUGGUAUUACAGAACAUCAAAGUACUUUGGUUCAGAACACAGUAGAUGCUCUUGUUAAAUUAAUUGAUAUUAAAUCUGUUUCACCAGACACGACCUCUAGUAGUGGUGAUGAUGGGUUGAUAAAAGAGUGGCCAUUGAAGGACAUGGGUUAUCUGUUUGAGUUCAUUGCCUAUUAUGUCGCUCUCCAAAGAGCUAAAAUCUCAAAGGAUGUACUGUGUCAAAUAUUUGAAUAUUUGACUUCAGAGAGGUACUCUGCAACAAAUGUCUUGGUUCAUGGUUUAACUCCAAAAAAUAAAGAAACACAAGUGCUUGCACUUUCGGAAAUACUGCCUGAUUCAGACUGGGAUGCAUAUGUACUAGAACUUUGUGAGAGCACUCAAUAUCACCAAAUUCUCUACAAGAUGCCAACCCCACAUGGAAGCCCCAUUCCUCUGCAUGAAAAUGAUAUAGCAGAGAAUUCUUAUGGACAUCAACAGAUAUCACGAUUUGAGAUCUUGAACAGCUUGCAGAAAAAUGAGAGAUUUAUUCAGAUAGAAAACUUGCCUCAAUUGAGGCUUGCCCCACCUGCUGUAUACCAUGAAAAGGUAAAUAAGGUGAUAGAUUUUCAUGCUGGGAAAAGUAGCAGUAGUAGUUCUGCAGUUUUGGAGAAACAAAGUAGAAACAACAAGCAAAACCGGGAGCUAAGAGUUAAGGGUUCAUUAAUCAGAUUUCCCUUAAAAUCAACUAUAUUUGGUCAACUUUCCAGUGACGGAAAACUACGGAAGGAUCAAAUUGAGGCACGGGUCAAAAUUUUAGGGUACAAUUUGAGUCAAUUGAAAGUUUGAGGGCUAAAUUACGUCGGGGGUCAAAUUUCAGAGACCAUUUUGAGUAUUAACUCGUUGACAUUCACAUUGACUGCGGUGGGUUGUGUGUUGAUUGCUUUUGCUUAGACCGGAGGCCAUGAUUGAUUAUGUGAUGGGCUGGAGGCCGCGAUUGAUUUAUGUUUAAGUUUAGUAAAGUAUGAAAAAUCAAACUGGUUUAACA